AUGCAGCACAGAAACACCAACUGCAGCAGCAGCAGCAGCAGAAGCAGCAGCAGCAGCAGCAACAAAAACAAAAACAGCAGCAGCAGCAGCAGCAGCAGCAACACACACGCAAUCUAUGGGGACCUUCAGGGACAUUUACUGGAGUUUGGCUUGGGGUCUGAUUUGCGGGGUCGUGGGAGCCCAGCGCAUGCACAGGAGUCGGUGGAGGCGCAGGCAGCAGCAGCAGCAACAGCUGCUGCUGCUGCUGCUGCUGCUGCAGCACCAGCAGACCCAAAGGCAGCCUCAGUUGCUGCGUGGUUUAGCGCCUUGCUUGUGUCUCCCCAGGAGGGUGCUGCUGCUGCUGCUGCUGCUGCACCUGCAGCAGAAGCAGCAGGGCCUCUAUCGAAGCAGAAGCAGCAGAAACAACAGCAGCAGCAGCAGCAGCAGCAGAAACAACAGCAGACGCAGCAGCAGCAGCAGCAGCAGCAGCAGCAGCAGCAGCAGCAGAAGCAGAAGCAACAGAAACAGCAGCAGCAAAAACAGCAGCAGCAGACACGACCGGUACCCAUUGCGGGGGCGCUUCAGGGCCACCACUCCCGCACCGUACUGGGGGGAAGACAGCAGCAGCAGCAGCAGCAGCAGCAGCAGCAGCAGCAGCAAAUGCAGCAGCAAAUGCAGCACCUGCAACACCUUCCACUGCAGCUGCAGCAGCAGACCCUACAAGAGCAUCAUCAUCAGCAGCAGCAGCAGCAGCACAUGCAGCAGCACCAGCUGCAGAUGAUGUACCAGCAGCAGCAGCACAUGCAGCAGCAGCACAUGCAGCAGCAGCACAUGCAGCAGCAGCAGCAGCACAUGCAGCAGCAGCAUAUGCAGCAGCAGCAGCAGCAGCCGAUGGUGAUGCGACCCCACCGAGGGCAGCCUUUGGAUGCUGCUCAAGGGAGAGAGGCGGGGCGUCAGCUGCUGUCGUUGCUGGGGGUCUUCCCGGCAGCAGCAGCAGCAGAAGACAGCAGCAAACAAACACAACUGCAGCAGCAGCAGCAGCAGCAGCAUCUGCUGCAGCAGCAGCACAUGCAGCAGCAGCAGCAGCAACGGCAGAUGCCGCUACACCUGCAGCUGCAGCACGAUAACCCAGAGAGGCAGCUGCAGCAAACAACAGCAGCACAGCUGGAGCACCAGUUUAUACAGCAGCAGCAGCAGCAGCAACAGCAGCAGCAGCAGCACAUGCAACAGCAGCACCUGUUGCACAUGCAGCAGCAGUUGCCGCAGCAGCUACAGCAGCUGCAGCAGCAGCAGCUGCACCUGCAGCAGCAGAUACACAUGCAGCAGCAGGGGCCGCAGCAGCAGAUGCAUAUGCAGCAUCCGUUGCUUCACCAACAUCAACUGCAGCAGCAGCAUCAACUGCAGCAGCAGCAGCAGAUGCAGCAGCAGCAGCAGCUGCAACAGCAGCAGAUGCAGCAGCAGCAGCUGCAGCAGCAGCAGCAGAUGCAGCAGCAACCCAUGCAUCCACAGCAGCAAAUCCCGCUUCCUCCUUACCCCCCAGCGCCUCCCCCACGGUAUAUUGUAUAA